AUGCACGCAACAAGCAGCGCAUCCCAUACUCUCCGCUUAAGCGCCAGACAAUUUUCAACUUCCGCCCGCCGACAUACACCCUCGGGGCUCAGGAUCAAUUCUGAUCGACUAUGGGAGACAUUGCACAAGACUUGUGAAUGGGGAGCAGCCCAUCACUAUGGCGAAAAGUCAACGGAGACAGGUAUGGCUCGUCUCACACUCACGGAUGACGAUGCUCGCGUACGCUCGUGGCUUGCUGCUGAAGUCAAAAAAUUGGGUUGCACACUUUCUGUUGAUCAGAUGGGUAACAUGUUCGCACGGCAGCCAGGCUCACUCAAGUCGUCUACACCGAUGAUUGCGAUGGGUAGCCAUCUCGACACCCAGCCUCGGGGUGGUCGUUAUGAUGGCAUCCUUGGAGUUAUGGCUGCGUUGGAAGUGUUGCGGACUAUGAAAGAUAGUGGAUUCAAGACUAAUCACGAUGUUGGUAUUGUGAACUGGACUAAGUGCCGAGGAGGUGCUAGGUUCCCUAAGUUCAUGUGUUCCUCCGGUGUCUGGGCUGGCGCCAUUCCAAUCGGCAAGGCUUGGGAUUUGCGCGAUAUUCACAACCCUGACGUAAACCUCCGGUCUGAGCUUGAGAGGCAUGGGUAUCUGGGAGAUAUUCCCUGCUCGAGUGAUGAAAAAAUCGGAUAUCCUCUUGGGGCUCAUUUUGAACUUCACAUCGAGCAGGGACCUAUCCUUGAGGGGACUGGUCGGUCGAUCGGUGUCGUCCAGGGAGCUCAGGGAUACAGAUGGUUUACUGUCACUAUCCAUGGGAAGGACGCUCACACUGGAACGACACCGCUCAGCACCCGCAAGGAUCCUGUACGGGCGGCUUCUAAGAUGAUCGCUGUGUCGAACGAAAUUGCCUCUCGACACAACGCACUAGUCUCGUCUGGCAUUUUCAAAGUGCCACCGAAUGCAUCGACCAACACUCUCGCUACAAAUGCGACUUUUACUCUUGAUAUCCGACACCCAAAUGACAGCGUCGUGUAUGCUGUGCAAGAUGAAAUCUUCAAGGCAUUUGCUACAAUCGCUUCCCAGGAUGGCAAGGGCGUGUCUUUCGACUGGACGUUGGAUACAGACUCCCCGGCUGUCAAGUUUGACCAGAACUGUGUUGCAUCUAUCCAGGCAGCAGCGGAUCAUCUCGUUGGUCCAGAGCAAUCUAUGCUCAUGACCAGUGGCGCCGGUCACGAUACGGUAUAUACUAGCAAGCAUUGCCCGUCGGCUAUGAUCUUCGUGCCAUGCCGAGAGGGCGUCAGUCAUCACCCGACUGAGUAUUGCAGCCCUGAAGAUUGUGCCCUGGGUACCCAAGCUCUCCUUGAAGCUGUGGUGCAUUACGAUCGAUUACGGACAGAGAGUGAAAAUUUUUAG